UUCUCGCAGGACUAUCACCACCGCUAUUGAGAGAUACAUCAUCAACAUAGCCGAAGACAUCCGCGAUAUAAAGAAUAAGCUUGAAGGUGACGGAGAGCUCAUGCGAGGGCUCACCAGACAGCUCACUCUUCGGCUGGAGACGGCUAAUGAACGGGAAGAAGAGAUGCGAUCAACACUACGAGAGAUUGACAACAAGUUGCUACGAGAGCGUGAGAGUAGGCAAGGAGAAAACCGGAGGCGGAGAUGGUCGAGGUGGAUUGCUAUCGCCAGCCAAUCGGCUUUCCAGACUGCGAUUCAGCUAGCGUUCACCAGCCUGCUCGCGACAAAUAGUAGGGUGUGAUUAAUACUUGUAAUCUUAUAUCUCUAUCCUUUCCUUGUUCGGGAAUGGAUCAAAAGAGCUCUAGAUGUUGUUUCUCUUCUCCUGGCAUCUUUCGAGUAC